AUGGAUCAACAUACCGUCUUGAAGGAGAUAAAACAAAGCAAGAACGAUUGUGAGGCCUUCUUCGACCUGCACUUUAAAGCGUUCCUACCAUGUCAGAGAGGGGUGGAAUAUGAAGAGGGGAUCACCCCAAACGAAUCAGAGGAAUUGCAAAAAAGAAUCCACUCAUUAUGGGAAGCAGUAAAAGCGGAAAAGGAGUACAUAGAUGGGGAGAUAAACGCCGAGACGGAAAAGUACAGAGGGAUGGUGGUCGAAACGAAGACACAUCUGGAGGCCAUGAAGGAUAAAAUAGGAAAACUGUUCAGUAACAUUAACGUGGCAGGUGGGAAGGUGACUGUUGGGGAAAGCAACCUGGAUGGAGAUGUACUACAAACAGGGGAGGGAAAUAAUUGGAAAAGUUCAACCUCCUUCAGUAGCGAUGGUGGCAGCAGUGGGAACGCAGAGGUGACCCACCACCUGGAUGACCUCCUUGUAGAGCCGCACGAACUGGAACGUGUCCUACGAAAAAGCAUCGACGCGAAAAGCAGACUAGAGAAUAUCAAAAAAGGAUUGCUCUUUCUGAAGGCAUUCCCAUCCGUGAAGAAAAACAUGAACGAAUUAUUCUUAGUUGUAAAAAAUGUACAGCUAGCUAUAAAUGAAAAAAUAAAAAAGGCACUUAUGUUACACUCCAAUAUGCUCUACAUAAAUGAGCACGAAGAAAUUAUUUCCUAUUUUAAAAUAUAUGUACCCUCCAUUGAUGUGUGUAUAUAUAGUGCAGAAUUUUUUGACGAUUUUUUUGGCCUGCUAAACAGUAUCCUCUCAUCUUCUCUGAGUGAUAGUAGUGGCCAAAUUGACUUGAAAAAAAUUGUGCACAUUUACGUCCAAACGUUUGUCACAUAUUUAAAGUUUGUUCACAUGUAUGUGUACUCCGAUAGGUACGUGAUUGGGGAGAUUACAAAAAAGAUUGUUCACUUUCUGGUGGGAAAUUUUCGGAAGACUUUUUUCAAAUUCACGCAAUCCGAUUCAGGCACGGCUGUACACAACGCCGUGAUAAACUACUAUGAGUACUUCACCACGUUCAUUGAGGAGCACCAGGAGGCCAUGCGGCGCCUCAUCGGGCAGCUUUGCACGGAGGUUUCAACGGUUGUGCAGGUUGGGCAGGUUGACCAGGUUGCUGACCACCAGGAUGACUUCUUCCUGCUGCUCUACAAGGAGGCCAUCCAGAUAGUGGGUCACCUCGUUGCCGAGCAGACGAAGCAACUGCACGAAGACAAGUCAGGCGUAACCAAACGGAAAGGGACAACAACGCACAAAAUAAUGGACGGGCUGAGCAUUAGUGUGAAUAUACUUUCCAACUCUCCCUUCCUCAUCGGAAAAAAAAACAUGUUAAGUAGAAUACUAAACGAGGCCUCCUUCAUGAGCAACGAUGUUAUGGCAGAGCAUGUAGUAAACCUCAGUGACGCAUCUCAUUUUGACAUGCAUUGUUUCGAAGAAGUCAAUACAAAAGUGAGCACAUUUGACCGAAAUGACAUAAUGGAGGAGAAUAAGUUGCAGAAUUUUUUUACCCAAUUGGAGGGAGAUAUCACCAAAAUAAUUCAGAAAAAAAAAAAAGAAAUAAAUUCAAAGGAGAUAUUCAAUUCUCCUUUUUUUAAAUUCAUCCCGUUUUUUUCUUUCACGUUUAAUCACGACACGGAAUUUCUUCUCCUCUUCAUUAACGUGUACAACUUUGUGUAUGAAAUAAUUUACAACAUGAAGGAUCAAAUGAGGAGAAAGGAGGAUAAGGAAAAAAGAAAAAGGAAAAGUCUGACAGGCAUGGAUCAUGGUAUUGAUGACGAUGGUGAUCACGAUGAUCGUGAUGAUGAUGGCUCCCGCUAUGUGUGUAUGAGACAGGACUUGGACUCCUCCAAGGAAGUCAUCCAGUAUGUGAAAACUGCCAUGACGACUUUUAUUCAAAUUCUUAACACGUUUGUUAAUAUUACAAAAUUGUAUGAGUCCUUUGGGAUGUUCCUUUUCGAAAGAACUUAUUCCCAUUUUACAAGCAGAAGUUUGCUCAAUACCAUUUCGAAGAGUUACCUGAACAGACAGGGCAAGUAUCCCACUGGCGUGGACGUCAACAUUAGCCACAUGCACGCGUAUUUCGAGAAGGGCGACUUUCCCAGGAGGGAAUCCACUCAGUUGGAAGAGGGGUGUAAAAGUCAGCCAGACGGUCAGAACACAUCUCCAGCAGAGCAGGAAGCCUCCUCCCCAAAUGAUCAACCCCCCCGUGAGGCCGACGUGGAGGUCCAGCUGGACGAGCACGAAUGCGGCAAACACCUACUCAAGUCAUCCCUGUGCAAAUUAAACGACAUAAAAAAUACCAUUAUAAAAAAUGUCAUCCACUUUGCAUUAAUCCCACUGUGCGAUUACACAAAUAGGUACACUGCCAAGGUGGGUGCCCUUCGGAAGGAAGACAAGGUGACGACACUGGACCCAGACGAAAACAUUUGUUUCAUCGUAGAGACCAUAUUCUUGUACAUUCACAUAUUCCAUGAGUAUGAGAAUAAAUACUUGACGGAGCUGCUAUUCGAGCAAAUUGCAGACAUGUUCCUCUCCUCCGUAGGUGGUAUUCCCCACGUGAAUGAAACACUCCUCCGACAGUUGCAGGCGGACACGCAAUACUUCAUAAACGUUUGCAAAAGAUUGAAGGUGAGCAAUUACAAACCUUUCUUUUUGUUCAGCUGCUCGCUUUCUUUCGUUCUCACGCGGGGAAACCGAGAAGAAAACCGCAACGAUGCUUCAGAUGUGCGAACCUACCUGAACGACUACGCCAAGCAGGAUGGGCAGGAGGAGGCAAGCGUACACCCUUUUGGCAUAACGAGUGAUGACGCUGCCACUGUGGAGACGCAUGUCACGCAGCUCCUAUCGAGCAUGAAGUGA